AUGGCGGCGAUCCAAGCGGAGCACGAGCAGCUACAGGAUUUCGUCCGAGAGCAUGAUUGCCCUGCCAAGGAAGCGGUGGUGGAAUGGCUCAAAGAUGCCGCUGGCCCGGGGCAGCUGGACAGGAGUGAGCAGAGCUUGAAGAGCGUGCUUGAAGAUCUUGGCUUGAUGGAGGCGGCCGUGACUUGCUUUGACUACGACUGUCUCCGGCGGUUGUGGCGUGCACCACUAGCAGGCCGCAAGGAAGCAGAUCAUAUUCAGCGCGAAAUUGGAAUGGAAUUGGACAAGAAAGGGGGCAUGGCCUGCAUGCGGCUGCAUUACUACAUGCUGAACUAUGCGCUGUGUGGCCAGUACUUCUUCGGGCCAAUUCCGCGAUCCACACCAGUGAUGUGCUAUGUCAACCACUUGAACAUGGUAUGGACUGGCAUUGGUGAGUGGCUCUGUUGA